AUGGCGUUGGCAAUAAUGCACACUGUCAUAAGAUCGAGGGUCUCAUCCUCAUCCACCGAGAGCGGCGGUGGCGAUUCCGUUCACCAGAGGCCGCCGCAGCCCUACUACCUGGCCGAUUACAUCAACAACAACAACUAUGGCAUCAGUAGCACCACCACUGCUUCAUCAGCUACCUGCACAACCACAGCCAGCAGCAGCAGCGCCUCAGCUCUAGCUGCUCGUGUCCUCCACUCGUUCAUGCCCGCUCCCAACACCUCCACGUUGGUCGUGGAAGAAGACGCGGACGAGGAGGUCGGCGGCGAAACGGUCACGGAGCAAGACAAGGCCAAGACACGCGAGCACAUGAGGGACCUCAUCCAUGGAUCGGAUCCCUUGGACAGGUGGCUCUGGGAGCUGCAGGUCAGCUGGGUUCUCCACCUUGCUCAGCUGGAUGCGUCCGCUGGGAGGGCCUUCGUCUCGCGGCGACUCCAGCACACUGCACGCAGCUGGGUCCUAGCUCCGCACGGCAUCAGCAGAUCCAUCCUUAGCUUCACUGGAUGGUGUCCUAGUCCUAGCCAGGAGGAGGAAGAAGAAGCUCUACAGCAGCUACAAACCUGCUGGCCACCUACGUCAGAGCUGGUAGGAUUUUUUGCAGCAACCUUCUCGCAUAUGCUCCCUUUUGUUGAUGUCGUUGUUGCAUUGGAAAUCAUUGAUCCUAUUGCCAGCGACGACGACCAUCGGAUUAUUGUUUCUGGCAGUAGGCGUGGUAGGGGUGGAGUGGCAUCAGCUCACAGAUUCCAGGCACUAGCAGACGUCCGUGACGCUCUUGCCGGUGCCUUGGAACAUGUCCAGCUCUGGGACUCGUGGCUCUGUUCCUCAAUCCAGCUGCACGCUGAAGCUACAAAGUCAAGCGGUGAGAUGAGUAGCCUCUUGCUAGCAAAACUGGACAGGCUGGAUGAGGCCAUACGGGACAUAAGAGACUAUGUCAAGACUCAGUUCAUGUCCUCGACGGGUGAUCGUCACCAUGACUCUAGAGCAUCAGGACUGGCGGAUGACCUAUCACCUGGCAUUCACAAGGCCACUAAGUCUGCGCUAAGCUGCAUCAUUGUGUUGUCGACUAGCUACAAACGAUCUGCAGUGGAUCCUCCUCCUACCAUUCAUGAAGCACCAGCAUCAGUUCGUGUAAAUGGUAAGGACGCCCCCGCAGCAACAGGCAAUGAGAAUACCAGUUCUUCUACCAGCUUGAUCAUGGUGAUGAUCCGUUCUCUAGAAGAAAAGCUCACUAGAGUGUCAGAGUCAUUUCCAGACCAGAGCCUCAGGUUCCUAUUCUUGAUCAACAACUUCUACUUUGUCUGGCAUCAGCUUCGUACAAAUCAGCGGCUUGUGGAUGUCCCCAUGUAUGCCUUGGCUCACAAGAUCCAUGGUUACAUAAACAGUUAUAUUCAAGCAUCUUGGACACCUGUGUUGAAGCCCUUACAUGAUCGUACACCUUGUUGCUUAACGAGAUACUCAGCACAACAUAAUUUCGAGACAAAGUUUGAGAAGACCUACAUCAAGCAAAAGCUCUGGAAGGUUCCAGACCCAGAGCUGAGGGAAGAGCUGCGGGCAGCCAUCAUCAAGAAAGUCAUUCCAGCCUUCACAAAAUUCAUGGAGGAUAAUGCUGUCAGUGCCUCAAGAGUCACUCCCAAGGAACUGGAAGAGAUGUUGGACGAGCUAUUUGAAGGAUAA